UUUCGACUUGCGCAUCAGCUGCUGCUACGUUUCAUCCUGUGGAGAUUUCGAGAAGUCUGCCCUUCCCUCUCUGCCAUUUUCUCUGUUCGCCGGGUUCAGUUAGGGCAGACAGGAGAGGCAAGUGAAAGUCGUUGCACAUUUCAACACCAUUUGUUGACUUUCAACUUUAUUUAGAAGUUAUAUUUUGCUGUACAAUGUACGGCAACAGCUAUAACAAUCAAAAUAUGUACAGAGGGAACGGCGAACAGUUUACUCCAAAGAAUCGGUAUUGGGUUAACCACAACUCACCCACAGCAAUGGCAGACUUUGGGAACGGGGGAAACACAUUUAACAAGCAAAACAAGAACGGAAAACAGCCCGGUGAAAGCUUAAAGAAACCUCAUUGGGACAUGAACGCUCUUAUGCCUUUCCAAAAGAAUUUCUACGUUCCUCAUGAAAAUGUUGCUAACAGGAGUGAGGAAGAAGUUGACAUGUACAGAGCGGCAAAGGAGAUUACAGUAAAGGGGACCAACAUACCUCACCCGACUCAGGGCUUCCAGGAGGGUAACUUCCCUGAUUAUAUGAUGCAGCAGAUAAUCAAGCAGGGUUUCAACGAGCCUACAGCCAUCCAGGCUCAGGGGUGGCCGAUUGCACUCAGCGGCCGAGACAUGGUCGGCAUCGCUCAAACUGGCUCCGGCAAGACACUAGCGUACAUGCUGCCUGCCGCAGUUCACAUCAAGAACCAGAACAAGCUCAACAGAGGGGACGGCCCGAUCGUACUGAUCCUCGCCCCGACCCGAGAAUUGGCUCAACAAAUCCAGAGCGUGGCUCAAGACUUUGGCCAGACAUCGAUGAUCAGAAACACCUGCAUUUUUGGCGGCGCCCCUAAAGGACCCCAAGCCCGUGAUUUAGAGAGAGGAAUUGAAAUUGUGAUCGCUACUCCUGGAAGAUUGAUUGACUUUUUGGAGCGAGGCACCACCAACCUGAAGCGAUGCACUUACCUGGUUUUGGACGAGGCUGACAGGAUGCUGGACAUGGGCUUUGAACCUCAGAUACGCAAGAUUAUUGAACAGAUCAGGCCUGACAGGCAAGUUCUGAUGUGGUCAGCGACCUGGCCCAAGGAAGUGCAGGCUCUGGCAGAAGACUUCCUCCAUGACUACAUCCAGAUCAACAUAGGAUCUCUGGAACUAGCAGCUAACCACAACAUCCGCCAAAUCGUCGAGGUCUGCCAGGACACUGAGAAGGAAACAAGGUUGUCUCAGUUGCUGCACGAACUUGGUCGAGAGGUCGGGUUUAAGGCGAUCAUAUUUGUUGAGACUAAGAAGAAAGUUGAUGACAUCACAAAAUCCAUCAAGCGUGAAGGCAUUCCUGGGAGUCAAAUGACAUGGCAAGCUAUUUCAAUCCACGGUGACAAGUCGCAACAAGAAAGAGACUACGUGUUGACCGAGUUUAGGAACGGGAAGUCUCCGAUCCUGGUGGCGACUGACGUAGCCGCCCGUGGUUUGGACGUGGAAGAUGUUAAGUACGUCAUUAACUUUGAUUACCCCAACUCAUCAGAGGACUACAUCCACCGCAUUGGACGCACAGGUCGUUGCCAACAGGCCGGCACAGCGUACACUUUCUUCACCGCUAACAACCAGCGUCAGGCCAAGGAGCUCAUUGCAGUGUUGUCCGAAGCCAAGCAGGACGUCAACCCUAAGCUGAUUGAACUGGCCGCUCUUGCCAAGAACAACUACAGCGCUCGCAACAGAUGGAACAACCGCAACAAGGACAACAGCGGAAACAUCCGAAGCAAUGUCAACAGCAACACUUGGAAUGCUGUGUCUGCAGCUCAGGCUCAAGAGUUCAAACCCAGCGGACAGAGCAGCUCUCCACACAACCGCUACCAGCAGCCGACGCAGAACUCUACCAACCAGACACCUCGCAGCUUCCAUCAGAAGAGCGGACAGAACUAUCAGAACUACCAGUCACCUCACAAUGGCUUCACACCUAACGCUUAUCCCAACACCUACGGCCACCAGAACGGAUUCGGGCAGCAGAAUGGGUUCCCUCAGAACGGAUACCAUCAGGGAGCUUACGGAGGUCAGCACCAGGGUAACAGCGGAUUCGGGCAGAACAGAAACAGUUAUGGACAAAACCAGGUUCGAAACGGAGGCGGAUACCAAGGACAGAGGUUCAACAGGCAGCAGAACUACGUAGAGAACGGACAACAUCAGGGGAUGUUCACAGUCCCUCCCCCGUACAUGCUGCAACACAACUCCGACGCCGGGGUGCAGAGUCUCAUCAACCACAAGUUUUUCCAACCCAACCGCCCACCUCCGGCCAACCCUUGCGCCUACCAGAGCGGAUACGCAGCCCAGUACCAACCCGCCAUGCCUUACACCUACCAGUUCAGUCAGCCUCAGGCUGUCCAACAAUAAUCUACUACACAUUUUGGUUUUAGUUUUGUUUUUGUGUAGCCGGUUUUUAUGUUGUUAGUAGUGUUUCAUGUUUAAAGUUUUAUAAUCGGUGUUUGGGCUGACGAUGCACUUAUACUUCGGGAACUCUAAGCCAAAUUGUUGUUUUAUCGAUACGGCUCUGUAAUAUAUCCAGAAGCCACAUUCCACAUUUAGUUUCCCAUCACUUGUAAUAAUUAUUGUCGGUAGAUAAAUCUUCUGUAUGCUCUUUGAAAUGCACGAAACAUUCAGAAGGGGGGAGGGUUGGGAGCUCGAGUGUUUAUAAUUUCUAUUAUCGGCAGAAUUUAAUUUUGUGUAAAUUUAGUCAGUGCUGGGAGAACGACGAGCCGAUCUCGAUGUUGUCGGAAAGUUUCUUUCGCGAUAUGUAUUUUGAGCGGACGUUUUUGUGCUGUUACGAGAUGUCACGUUCUUUCCAGUGCUAAAUAAAUAUUAGUUGUCUGUUAUAUCGAGAUUUCGCUUUUGCGAUACAGUAUUGUUUUAAUCUUUGUGUUAUAAUGUUUAGUCAUAAGGUUCUUUGGAUCCAAAAAUGUUCCUUAACCCUCUAUAUGAUCUGUCAACCCUCAAGGGUCGUGUACAUAGUUAGUUCUAUAUAACGUGUAAAUUAUAUUUUAUUAACGAGAACGCUAAUUUUAUCGAGCGUUUUUUCACGAGGAGACCUCAAUUACACUUUUAACUGUGAUAUGUAGCGAAUAAUUUUAACUUAAGUUGCGGAUCCAAGAGAAAGGUCGGUUUUGAACCAAACACUAAUGAUGCCACGGUAUUUUGAUACACAACUCUGAUCUUUUAAUAUAAGUGUCGAUACUGUAUGUGAUAUUUUCCUUAAAGACUGAUCUUGCUGAUUAAGAGCGAAUAGACUAUUUUUAUUAUCGUAAAACUUUCGUUAAACGAAAAAAACGGAAGUUUAGUACAGAAUAAGAACGAGAAUCUUGUCGUUCAGCGAGUUUAUAUAAAGUUAUUUUUUGUACAAAAUUAUGAUGAGCACCGCUAAUCGUUGUUUUUGUUUUGCUCAUUAACUUUUUGUUUGUUGGAUUGAGAGAGUUUAUUGUAUUCUGUACUAGAUGGAUUCGCAUUAGUUAGUGAUAUAGGAUAAGUCUAUACGGUUCAACAAUGAUCCAGGAGGUAAUAUCUCUCCGCCUACCUUUCUCAUGGAAAGUAUCAAUAGUUAAUAAGCGCUAUAUAGUGAGGUUGUCUGUUUACACAUAUGAAUAGGCCGAUAUCAUGUCUUUACAUUCUGUUGAAUGUUGUUAUCUAUGUUUAAACCAGAGGUUGUGUUUUUGUUUUCAAUUUACAUUGUCUUACGGUAUUCUAGAAUUUUGUUUAAAUCUCAGUUUAAGUCUUUUGUUUCUUAGUGAUUACAGUCAUUUGUGAUUUUCAAUACACCCUGUUCAUCUAUUGCAGCGCAGAUAUGCAAUAACGGUGGAUAACUCUAGCAAUAUUCUGUAUCAGGGAUCAUUAGAAACUCAGAUCUAUUGUGAUAUUACAAAAGAUACUAAAUUCACUGUUCUCAGGUAUCGGCCUGUUCCUAGUAUGAAAAUAGUAAUUUCUUUUCAAAUACUAGAUUUGUAAUGUGAACAAUUGUUAUUUCAUUGAAAUAAUUUAAAUAUUAGUCAUCUGUUUAACAGUAGGAGUUUGUACGUCCUAUUGGAUUUCAAAAAUCGCCAGUAACAGUAAGUGAGGGACUGCGCAAACAGAUUUUUUUUACCAUGACAAAAAGAGAAAUCCUAUUUGUAGUUUGAUAAUAUUUACGACCCUUGUGAUAAUGAUGGAUGUAUAUGUUGGAAGUUCUGUACGAUUUGCACCAAGAGUGCCUACGUCUGGUGUAGAGCGUAUAGAUUUGAAACUUUCAGUCCUUAGGCGUAGUAUGACUCUUCUGUCAGUUUCCGAAAAGUGCAUUUCUUGUAUGUAAUACAGUAUUAUAUAGAAUAACAUAUAUUAAUAACCACA